AUGGGCGACCGCGUAGAGUUCGACAUCAACGAUGCGCUCAAGAAUUACCUCAGCGAUCCCUCCGCCAUCGCCACGCCUGAAGCGCCCGCGGACCUGCAGGACUGCGAAAAUGAUCCCGACUCGCUCACCGCGCCCACCGUCAAUGCCGCCCUCAAUCCUGUCGUCGAUGCCGUGGCCGACAGUCCGGACGCCAUCACGCGCAGUGAAGUCUUCGACACCUUGCAAUGCCUGCUAAAGCACGCGUCCUUCCUGCCGCCCACCGCUCUCAGCAAAAUCCUCGAUCUCGUGACAUCUGGCCUCUCCGCUGAAGCCGACGCCGUCCACGCCGACCUCGAAGCCGACGAACAAGAGACGAUCCAGCACCACAAGCAGCUGCUCGAGCUCUUCGGCUUCCUUUUGCAAUGGACAAUCUCCGCCGUCGAAGCCAAGGCGGCCGAGAAGCCGGCCUCGACCAGUGGCGUCGCCAAAGGACGUAAGGGAACGAAGCCCAAGUCUGGCGUCGGCAAGGACGGCAGCUGGGACUCUUCCGCCCAACUGAACACGGCGAUGGAGAUUAUGAGCAAGGUCUUGAAGCUCAAGCUGUCUAGGAUUUUUGUUACGACCUCCGAGCGCGACACCUUCGUCAGCCUCUUCACUCGUCCGGUUUACCUGAUCCUCGAAAGCGAAGCUAGAGUCAAGAGCACCGUCAUUCGCAUGCACACGUUCAAGGUGCUGUGCAUCGCCGUCAAACACCACGGCCACGCUUUCGGAGCCCAGACCUCCAUCAUCCAGAACCUGUCGUACUUUGAGCAUCUGUCCGAGCCCAUGGCCGAGUUCCUCCACAUUCUAGCCGACCAAUACGAUUACCCGCAGCUGACGGAAGAAGUCCUCCGGGAGCUGAGCAACAAAGAAUUCAACAGCAACGACCUCAGAGGGCCCAAGUCCGUUUCCACCUUCGUGACCAAGAUCUCGGAGCUCGCCCCGCGCCUAGUCAUCAAACAGAUGACCCUGCUCGCGAAACUCCUGGACAGCGAGUCUUACACGCUCAGAUGUGCGAUAAUAGAGGUUUGUGGCAAUUUGAUUGCAAUGCUGAGCAAGCAAGAGGGUGAAGAACGCAGCGAACACACCGAAGGCCAGAUCAACGUUUUUUUCGACGUGCUCGAGGAGCGCUUCCUGGACGUGAACCCGUACUGCAGGUGCCGUGCCAUCCAGGUCUACGCGAGGCUUUGCGAUCUCGAGACGAAAUAUCCUCAGCGGAGACAGGCGGCAGCGGAACUCGCGGCGAGGAGCCUCGAGGACAGGAGCAGCCACGUCCGGAGGAACGCAAUCAAGCUGCUGGGAAAAUUGGUGACGACCCAUCCUUUUAGCGUGCUCCACGGAGGCCAGCUUUCGUUCGACGACUGGAACGCCCGCCUGCAGAAGGUCGAGGACGAGAUCAACGCCCUCAAGCCACCGACGGAGCUGCAGGAGAAGACGACGGUCGACGCCACCGUGGACGAGAGCCUGCUGGACGACGCAACCGUCGCCGAGAACCAACCAGCUCCCCCCGAGCCGGCUCCCAUGACCGAGGAGGAGAAGAAGGCGGCCGUCGAGAAGGCGGUGGCCGAGGCUGCUACGGCCGAGGCUCUGAACAAGCUCCAGCUGACCAGAAAGUACUACCUCGACGCGAUUCGGUUCAUCGAAAUCAUCCACGUCGCCUCGGCUCUCGUCAUGCAGCUGCUUUCCUCCAAGAACAAGAGCGAGGUCAUCGAGGCCAUGGACUUCUUCGUUAUCAUCGACGCGUAUAAGAUCCGCGCUUCCAGGGGUGGCAUCCGGCGGAUGUUGCGUCUCAUUUGGACCAAGGGGAAUAGCGACGAGGGCAAGGGUGUCCAGUCGCACCUGAUCGACUGCUACAAGGGCCUCUUCUUCGACGCCCCAGAUUCUUUCGACACCAACACCGCCGCUAACUACGUCGCUCGGAACAUGGUCAGCCUGACAUUUGGUGCCACCCCGGCAGAGCUCACGUCGCUCGAACAGCUCCUGAGCACCAUGAUGAAGCAGGGAAAUGUGAGCGAGUACGUGGUCGCCAAGCUCUGGCAGAUUUACGGCGCCCAGAAGAAGGGGAGGGAAACUUCCAAGACGCAGCGCCGGGGCGCCAUCAUCGUCCUCGGAAUGCUGGCCCUCGCCGAUCCCAACAUCAUUGUCAAAGAAAUGGAGACGUGCUUACGAAUAGGGUUGGGCGAGCUCGGCCGCAGAGACCUCGGGCUCGCCCGGUACACCUGCGUGGCUCUAAGUCGUAUCAACGCCGCCGAAAAGGCGAGCAAAGGCACCGUGUCCGCGGCGUCCGCCAAGUUACCCAACGACCACGCCAUCCUAGUCCGCCUAGCCGCCACGAUGGACAUCGUUGCGGACAGUUAUGAAUGGUUCGGCGUCGCCGAGCAAGCUCUGGAUGCCAUCUACGCCCUCUCGAAGCAUCCGGACACCCUCUGCUCCCAGAUCAUCAGGAAGAAGACUAAGGAAGUCUUCGCCCCGCAUGUGAAGAGACCCGGCACGGCGGAUUCGCACAAGACGGACCCGGACAAGAUGGAGGUCGAAGAGCGGCCGGCCAGCCGCGAUUCGCAGCACAGCUCUCGCAACGGCGACGGGCCGCAAAACCCCGCUCUCGCCCUGUCGCAGUUGCUAUUCAUCGUCGGACACGUGGCGAUCAAGCAGAUUGUCCACUUGGAGCUGUGUGAGCAGGACUUCAAGAGAAGAAAGGCCGAAAAGGAAAAGGCCAGCGGCGGUGGCGAUAAGCGGAAAUCAGUAGGGCCCAACCAGUCGGCAACCAAGAAAGGCGCGAAGCGAGCGUCGGCGGCGCAGGAGGAACAGGACGAGCUCGAUCUCAUCGCGGGCACGACCGAAGACGACUUCACAGAAGCUCUCGCGCACAUCCGGGAGCGAGAACUGCUCUACGGACCGCAAUCGCUCCUCUCAAAUUUCGGACCGCUCGUGGCUGAAGUGUGCGCGAACAACACGACGUACGCGGACAGCAUGCUGCAGUCUCAGGCGGCUCUCUGCCUAGCCAAACUAAUGUGCGUCAGCUCAGAGUACUGCGAGAAGAACCUCGGUCUCCUCCUCACCAUCCUGGAACGCAGCAAGGAUCCCGUGGUGCGUAGCAACCUGGUGGUCGCUCUCGGCGACAUGGCCGUCUGUUUCAACCAUCUGAUCGACGAGAACACGGACUUCCUGUACCGUCGCCUGAACGACGGGGAGGCCUCUGUGAAGCGGACGUGCCUCAUGACGCUGACCUUCCUGAUCCUCGCGGGGCAAGUCAAGGUCAAGGGCCAGCUCAGCGAAAUGGCAAAGUGCCUGGAGGACGACGACAAGAGGAUUGCGGACAUGUCCCGCAUGUUCUUCAGCGAGCUGGCCACAAAGGACAAUGCGGUGUACAACCAGUUUGUGGACAUGUUCAGCGUGCUCAGUGCGGACCCGUCGCUCGAGGAAGAGUCCUUCCGGCGCAUCAUCAAGUUCCUCGCGGGCUUCAUCGAAAAGGACAAGCAUGCAAAACAGCUUUCGAUCAAGCUUGCGGCGCGGUUGCCCAGGUGCGAGAACCAGCGACAGUGGAACGAUGUGGCCUUCACCUUGGGGCUGCUUCAGUACAAGGACGAAGAGAUUCAAAAGCAAAUCACGGAAGGGUUCAAGGUUGUGCAGGCUGUGGGGUAA